ACACGCACGACACACACUCCCGCAUCAGGGAGGCGUUGUUCCGAGCUAAUAGGCACAUUCGCGUUUGUUCGCUGAAUUGCAAAAUAUGGAUGCAGAUGCCGUUGCGCUAUUAACCGAAACGUUAUUUCUACUCGUUAGCGCUGAAAUCGGCGCAUGGCUUUCGUGCAGCGCGUGCGAUGGCGCGCUCAAGUUUGUUUUGCUGCUCUCCUCUGCUAAUGGAGUCAGCCAUGCUGUGCGCGAAAAAACUAAAUACUAAACCGGUCACGAAACACCCACGGAUACUGAAUACGGCCUCCGUGACGUUAAACACGUAACUAAUCGAGAGCAGACCAUUAUGGAAAAUAACGCCGUGUUAUUUUUGAAAGCAGACAGGGAUGGCAAGGAUGAGCCACAGAGAAGAUCUGCGCGGUUAUCAGCAAGACCAGCUUAUGUGAAGGCUGAACCCAAACCAAAAAAGACAACUAAGAAAGACAAAGCAGUCGGUGUCAAAAAGGAGGAUAAGAAGACCAAGGUGAAGGCCAAGGAGAGCUCCGAGUCUGCGGCCAGCGAGGAGAACCACUCCGAGAACUGAGAAGCCGAGACCCCAGAGGUCACAGAGACUCGAAAAGCAACGAAGGAAGCGAAAUCUGAGUACCCUCCAUCAACACGGUCAUCACAGCUCCUGUCCAACCUCCACGCCAUCCUUCACAGAGAAAUAUUUUUAUCAACGGUUUUAUAAGUAUCAGCACAGAUUUUUUAGCACAAAAUGAAGCUAAAAGCUGAGCACCCUGUAGAGCUGCAGCAAUUGUUUCAGCGAGAACGCCACACUAAAAGUAUUUUUAAACGCCAUUUAUUGUUACUGAUAACUUAUUUGGUCUAGAGAAACCAUACCUGCCACUAGAGUUUGGGGUGUUUUCUUAAAGUGUUUCCUCGUUCUCUUCAUCCUUCUUCCUCACACUUUUUUUGAAGGUUUUAGAAGGGGUCGUAAACGGCUGGAGGAAACCUUGUAUAUUUUCUCUGCUGUUUAGUCAUUUGUCCUAGAUUUUUGUAUACUGUGGGGCGGGGGGUGCUGAUGUAGUUCACAGUAUCUUGGGGAAAAAAUCUGAAAAUUAAAAAAGGCAGCUUUUUUUCAUGCAGUUUUAUUUUUACCAUGUGAUCGACAUGUUGAAGUCUGCAGGUUGUUAUGUACACUCUCUGAAGUUGCAGUGUCUGCUAAUAAAGAAAAGGGUGGAAUUUUCCACA